UGAAUGAAAGGACACUUAGAGAACACCAGGAGAUAAAAACUGUGGUCUCCAGAAGUCCCCAGCUCCAGGGCACAGCGGUGACGAUGAGUGACUCCACAGGAACCAGGAUGCAGCAGCUGGGUUCUGUGGAGGACGAAGAGUGGAUGGUCAGUGACACCAAGUGUUCUAGUAAAAUCUCCAGACUACGACCAAAUUCUGGAAUCAAGAGUUUGGCAGCAGGACGCCUGGGACGCGACCAAAUCCCCUGGGUCCUGCAGCUGCUCUCCUUCCUGUUCCUGGCUGGGCUCCUGCUGAUCAUUCUUGUCCAAGUUUCCAAAACCCCAAACACCCAGGGACAGGAAGAAUCCAAAUAUGAAGAUAUCUACCAGGAACUGACCCAGCUGACUAAUAAAAUCUUGUCCAAGAUCCCCACCUCCAAGGGGCAGAAUGAGUCCAUGCAGGAGAUCUCUGCACAGCUGACACAGCUGAAGACUGAACUCCACUCCAGGAUCCCCAUCUCCCAGGGGUGGAAUGAAUCCAUGAAGGAGAUCUCUGAACAAGUGACACAGCUGAAGACUGAACUACUUUCCAGGAUCCCCAGCUUCCAGGUGCAGAAUGAUUCCAAGCAGGAGAAGAUCUACCAGCAAGUGGUGCAGAUGAAGGCUGAACUCUUCCGCCUGUGUCGCCCCUGCCCCUGGGACUGGACGUACCUCCUAGGAAACUGUUACUUCAUCUCCAAGUCCCAGCGGAACUGGAGCAAUGCUGUCAAGGCUUGCCAGGAAGUGGAGGCUCAACUGGUCAUCAUCCAAAGCGAUGAGGAGCAGACCUUCCUGCGGCAGACUUCUAAGGCUAAAGGACCAACCUGGAUGGGGCUGUCAGACCUGAACAAGGAAGCCACAUGGCUCUGGGUAGAUGGCUCACCUCUGUCAUCCAGAUUCCAGAAGUAUUGGAAUAAAGGGGAGCCCAACAACGUUGGGGAAGAAGACUGUGUGGAAUUCGCUGGGGAUGGCUGGAACGACUCCAAAUGUGAGCUCCAGAAGUUCUGGAUCUGCAAGAAGCCUGCAACGCCGUGCACUGCCAGCUGAGAGCCAGCUCGUCUCGGCUGCUGCUCCCAAACCGUUCUGCCACGUUCGCGCCGGCUCCUCCCCCUGCCUGUAUGUUGACAAAAGCACUGAGAUUCUUUUUUAUUUUCAUAAGAGUCUUCAUCCUCUGUGUGAAUCCUGCUUUCAUUUCUGUUGUUGUGAUAAAGAUGCUCUGACAAAAAGCACUUACAUUUCAGAUGACACUCCAUCACCAAAGGGCGGUCAGGAUGGUGGCAGCUUGAGACAACUGGUCACAUCACACCAACAAUCAGGAACAUACAGAAAUACAUGCACGUAUGUUCACUCACUUGCUUGAGCUCAACUCAGUUUCCCCAUUCAUACAGUUUAGGACCCCUGCCUAGGGAAUGGUGCCAUCCACAGUGGGCUGGAUGUUGUCUAAUUAACACACACACACACACACACACACACACACACACACACACACUCACAGGCCAACCCGAUGUAAGAAACCCCUCAUUGAGACUCUCCAAGUGACUCUAGGUUCUGUCAGGUUGACAGGUAAAGCUAACUGCCACAAUGGGACUGUAUCUCCGGCUUUCAGGUGUCACUGGGCUUACGGCUCCUGGUUGUCCCCCACCUGAAUGCUUCAGCGUAAUUACCAAAUGUGGGAUGCAUUCAGAACCUGUGUGUUUUCCAUUAAUUGUUUUGUCUUCCUUGCUGAGAUCAGAGGGAGGGGUGUGUGUGUGUGUGUGUGUGUGUGUGUGUUUGUGUGUGUGUGUACAUGUGUUGAUACAUACAUUUGGAGACCAGAGGAAGACGUUGGUACUCUCCUUCAUAGCCUUUCAUUUUAUUCCCUUGAGAUGGGACUUGGAGGUCAUUGUUUUUCAGCAAGGCAGGCAACCUGAAAGAUCAGGCAUCCUCCUGUCUCCAAUUACUUCCUAAAGUGGGGCUCCAGGCACAGGUGGCCAUACCCUGCCUUUUGCUUGCACAGCUGUACUCCUAUCCACCGAGCUUCUCUCCAGCCCUUGGUUCCUUGUCAGGUGUUUUUUCCUGCUUCCUGUUGUUGUAAUAAAACAUCCUGACAAAAAUGCAAGUUGGGGAAAAGGGGUUAUUUGGCUUACAAUUCUGGGUUAUAGCUCAUCACUGAAGGGAAAACAAGGCAGGAACUUGAGGCAACUAAUAACAAAGCAUCCUAAAGCAGAGAGAAUAAAUAAAUGCAUGUAUUUAUUCCCAACCCUAGAGAUCAGUGCUGCCCACGUUAGGACGGGCCUCUCCUCAGUUGACUUAAGACAAUGACCCUCAGAUAUCCCUGCAAGCCCACCCAAAAUAAAUAAUCCCUUGAUAAA